GGGAGUGGAAAGAGGGAGAAGAGAAGAGAAGAGAAGAGAGCAAUGGGCAGAAAGAAAGAGAAAGAGAAAGAGAAAAAAGGGAGCGACAGCGAAGACGACGACGUAUUCUACUAUCGGUUCAGCAGUGCAUCAACAUCCAACCCAAACCAAACCCAAUCCAAAGGGAAAGGGAACCAAAACAAGGGAUCACAGUCACAAUCACAAGCCUUAGCUCCCUCCAAAUCAACGUUGUACGUAUCCAACAUCGACUACUCCCUUACAAACUCCGAUCUCCACACUCUCUUCUCCACCUUCGGCCGCAUCGCGCGUGUCACAGUCCUCAAAGACCGCCACACGCGCCUUAGCCGCGGCGUCGCCUUCAUCCAGUUCGUUUCCCGCCACGACGCCCGCACCGCCGCCUCUCAGAUGCACCGCAAGGUCCUCAACGGCCGCACCCUCACCGCCUCCAUCGCCGCCGACAACGGACGCGCCCCCGAAUUCAUCCGCAAGCGCGUGUAUCGCGACACCGGCAAGUGCUUCGAGUGCGGCACCUCCGGCCACCUCUCCUACGACUGUCCCAGGAAUCAGUUGGGCCCACGCCAGCGCCCCCAGCCCAAGCGUGGCCGUAGAGGGCUCGGCCGCGACAACGGCGACGACGAAGGCGGUGAAUCUGAAGGUGGCGGUGAUGGUGGCGGGGGAGAGCGGUUUGAGGAUGAUAAUUGGGCCUCUGUUGUGGAUGAUGGUGCGGAUGAGAGGCUGUUGGCGAGGAACUAUGAUGUGGAAGCUGUGGGUGCCACGAAGAAGAAGAAGAAAGGGAAGAAAGCAGGGUACUUUAGUGAUGAGAGCGACGAUGACGAUGAUGGUUGAUAAUUAAUUUGAAUGGUAUUUCUGUUGUUGAGUGUUCUAUGUUGAUGAGAAUUGAAGGGCAUGUGAUCAAGCAACCUAUCUGGAAAAGUUUCCCAUUUCCAAGGACAAUAGUUGAUUGGAAGGUCCUAUCAGUAUUAGAAGCUACAAUUGUAACUAUCCCUGGAACUAUAUUCACUAUGGUUUUAGGAUGAGGGCCAUUGUUCUUUGCUGAACAUGCUUCAAUGGCUAUGGGAUCAUCAAAAGUCUGAUCGGAAUUGGACACUCUGGUCAUACCCCAUGUUGCAGAACAGAUAUAUGCAUAUUAAUUGAAUAAUUUUCUCUUCAAACGAUUUGUUCAUAACAUCUAACGCACAAGCUGAAUAGUACGGGCAAUAUAAUUUAUAAAUACUUAAGGU